UCACAGAUGAAGACACGGUGAAGAGAUACUACGCUAAGUUUGAGGAGAGGUUUUUCCAGACCUGUGAGAAGGAGCUUCUGAAAAUCAAUACUUUCUAUUCAGAGAAGCUUGCCGAGGCCCAGAGACGAUUUGCGACGCUGCAGAACGAGCUGCAGUCUUCACUGGACGCUCAGCGAGAGAGCAAUGCUUCGCCCGGUCUGCGGAAACGCAAGACCAGGUUCCACCUGUCGCAGGAGGAGCGCUGCAAACACCACAACAUCAAAGACCUGAAGCUAGCCUUCAGCGAGUUCUACCUCAGCCUCAUCCUGCUUCAGAACUACCAGAACCUGAACUUCACUGGUUUCCGUAAGAUCCUGAAGAAACAUGACAAGAUCCUGGAUACUUCCCGCGGGGCAGACUGGCGUGUGGCUCAUGUGGAGGUGGCACCUUUCUACACCUGCAAGAAGAUCACACAGCUCAUUACUGAGACGGAGACCCUGGUGACCACAGAGCUGGAGGGAGGCGAUCGUCAAAGGGCCAUGAAGAGGCUGAGAGUUCCUCCUCUGGGGGCAGCUCAGCCUGCUUUGGCCUGGACGACCUUUCGCGUGGGUCUCUACUGUGGCUUCUUCAUCAUUCUUGCCAUCUGCUUCGUUAUCACUGGUGCCGUGUUCUUCCGCUCUGAGAACGUCUGGCCUAUGGUGCGGAUCUAUCGGGGCGGUUUCCUGUUGAUCCAGUUCCUCUUCCUGUUGGGCAUCAACACCUAUGGAUGGAGACAGGCUGGAGUCAACCACGUCCUCAUCUUUGAGAUCAAUCCACGAAACAACCUCUCGCACCAACACCUGUUUGAGAUUGCUGGUUUCCUGGGCGUGUUGUGGUGUCUCAGCAUCCUCUCCUGUCUCUACUCGCAGUACACUUACAUCCCCAUGCAGGCCAACCCUCUCAUCCUUUAUGGCUUCAUGGUGCUCUUCCUCAUCAACCCCUUCAAGACCUGCUACUACAAAUCACGUUUCUGGCUCCUCAAAUUGCUGUUUCGUGUUUUCACUGCGCCGUUUCACCGGGUGGAGUUUGCAGACUUCUGGCUGGCUGAUCAGCUCAACUCUCUGGUGUUUACUCUCAUGGACCUGGAGUAUAUCUUCUGCUUCUACAUCUUCGAGCUGCAGUGGAGCAACAGCAAGGGCCUGUUACCCGACUUUGGAGGUUCCCGAGACUUCGUGUGCCACAGCUACUCCUACGGUCUCCGUGCCAUCAUCCAGUGUCUGCCUGCUUGGCUGCGUUUCAUCCAGUGCUUGAGGCGUUACCGUGACACAAAGAGGGCCUUCCCGCACCUGGUGAACGCUGGGAAAUAUUCUACCACCUUCUUUGUUGUCACCUUUGCCGCCCUCUACGCCACACACGAAGAGCAAAGUCACGCAGACGCCAACACCUUCUUCUACCUUCUGAUUGUGUCUUCAAUCAUCAGCUCCCUGUACACACUGAUCUGGGAUCUGCGUAUGGACUGGGGUCUGUUUGAUCGUGGAGCUGGCGAAAACAUCUUCCUCAGAGAAGAAAUCGUUUAUCCGCAUAAGGCCUACUACUACUGUGCUAUUGUGGAAGAUGUGAUCCUGCGUUUUGCUUGGACGAUCCAGAUUUCUCUGAUCACAACGACCAAGAUCAACUCUGUGGGCGACAUCUUGGCCACCAUGCUGGCUCCUCUUGAGGUCUUCAGGCGCUUUGUGUGGAACUUCUUCCGUCUGGAGAACGAGCACCUGAACAACUGCGGUGAGUUUCGUGCGGUCCGGGAUAUCUCUGUGGCGCCGCUCAACGCUGACGACCAGACGCUGCUGGAACAGAUGAUGGACCAGGAGGACGGAGUCCGGAACCGCUCGGGCAAGAAGACCUGGAAGAGGUCCCACAGCCUGUCGCUCCGACGCCCCCUGCUGUCCACCUCACAAUCGAAGAAGGACACCAAGGUGCUAAUUGAAGAUACUGACGAUGAGGCCUUCAGCUGAGUCCACAGCAUCGGCACACGCACGCACACAAACACACACUUUACGACACUGUACUUAUAAAGACCUCGUUCGCUAACGCCUGACCUCAAAGCUCCUCCCUCGUAGUGUUAACGCGCAGGCCUACCCUUCAGUCUCGAAACCUUUAAAGCAGUGAGGACCAUCAGUCACUGUCCUCACCUCUGGGAAACUUACCUCAUCUUUACGUCCUUGUAAGUACAGUUGGUCUUUAUAAGUAUGGAAACAACACACACACACCUAUAAUGUAGAAACACACACAGAGAUAGACCCGCUGAAGCACAAGUAUAGUAUAAUAUCGCUGCAGGUGAGGAGAGAGCUAAUGCCACCCAGACAAACAGCCACACAGUCAGACAGAU